CGCCGACGACAACUGAUUUCGCAUACAACCCGUCAUCAUGGUUGCUGAGACACCUAACCCUGUUGAAGCUCCGCAGCAUGUGCUGUCGUUGCUGGAUCGACUGCACAGGAAAUCUGAGGAACAAGAAGCCGCCCUUGAUAUGACAAACUACAGUGCUGAUGGCCUACAUGAUGCAGUCAAAGACAAGUUCAUUGCCCUAGACCAGGAUAAAUGUCAGUUCCUCUACCAGAUCUGUCGGGCUAUCAAUGCCAAGAACGUUAUUGAAGCCGGUACCAGCUUCGGCGUGAGCACCAUGUACCUAGGCCUAGCCGUGACCAGGAACAUCGAAGCCACGGGAGGUACAGGCACUGUCAUUGGUACAGAGCAUGAGCCUGUGAAGGCACGCAGGGCUCAAGAGUACUGGGGUGAGGCUGGGGAGGCAAUCUCUCGACAUAUUGACUUAAGGGUUGGGGAUCUUCGUGACACUCUAAGAGUUGAUCUGCCUCAAAUCGACCUAGUCCUUAUUGACAUCUGGGCGCCUAUGACUCUACCAGCACUAAAGCUUGUCCUGCCAAAGCUUCGAUAUGGAGCUGUUGUUAUCGUCGACAACACCAUUGGAUCUGCCAAAAGAUACGAGGAGUUACUCGAGUUCAUGCGAGCCCCUGGUAAUGGUUUCAUCAACCUGACGCUACCCUAUACCAAAGGCCUAGAGAUGAGUGUCUACGUCCCACAGACGUUCGAGUAA